AUGCAGGUUUUUGUAACUUUACGAGGAGCUUGUAAUUUACAAAUAGCUUUAAAUGCUUUUUCUAUUUGUAUCCAACAAAGUAGCAGUUUUGUUACUUUAGUUGUUGUAGUAAGUGGAACAAAUUUUAUUCCUCUUGGAUAUUGUGGAAUUAUACAGGCAAUUCCACUCUUUUGUACAAUUUUUACUAAUGGAAUAGCAUUCUCAAUUGGUGUUGACCGCCUUUUAAGUGUUGCUUUUCCAAUAUGGUAUAUGGUACAUGAUAAAAAGAAUUAUUUAAAUAUAAUAAUUAGUUUUUGUUGUUUAUAUGCUUUAAUUGUGCCCAUAUGUGGAAUUAAUAUUUCUUUAUCAAAUCCGGAAAUAGAUCCAAUGCAAAAAGAUGCUACUUGGGUAGUAAUUAUGUUACUCUCAGUUAAUUUAUCUUCUGUUUUUUGUUAUAUUUCUGUUUGGAUUAUUUUAAUGUUUAAAGAUUCAAUGAAGAAAACACAAUGUAAAAUUUUAAAUAUUCUCUCUAUAAAAAUCUUAAAUAAAAUUAAUUUAUUCUCAUUUCUAGUAAAUGUAUUUAAAUCCCUUUCUGUUAUUUUAUUAAUGGAAAUUUGUGGUUGGAUAUCUAAUUAUUCAAUUCGUUUAAUUAUUGGGGCAGCUAAUCUCCACACUUUAAAUUCCUGGUAUAUAAUUAAUAUAACAACAAUUAUGCCUUAUAUUGCUAUGAGUUUGUCUCCUGUUUCUUUAUAUAUUUUUAGGUAA